CCAUUAAAGAAAGCUAUCUGUUCUGACCUUGAAAUGGAGCUUUUAGGUUUGUUGAUGAAGCUUGAGGCCAAAGAUUAAGAAGCAAAGAGCUUUAUCUCAACUAACCCAUGAUUAGCAAUUUUAGAUUAUUCGUUGGUCGUUUAGUGAAACCAUAUGCUUUUUUGUUGCAGAAAAUGCGGUUAUGACAAGUACAGGAUAUUUUUUUAAGGCAGUCACAACAACCCUGUGUUAACAUCUUAACUGUCUUGCACGGGAGGAAACCGGGAUAGCAGUGAGCAGUACUGUUUAUUUAUGGGGUUUCAGGGGGGAUUUAAAUUAUGGGUGUUUAAUUUUUUGGAUUAAUGGAGAUGGGUUUGUGAAGAAGAAAGAGGGUGUGAAAUGGGGGCAAUUGGUGGGGAAGAGUUGAUGAAGUGGGAGAAGAUGCAAGGAGCUGUGAGUGGUAAUGAGGAGAAGAUUCUUGUAUUGGUAAGAUUAAGGCCUUUGAGUGAGAAGGAGAUUGCAAAGAAUGAAGUCUCAGAUUGGGAAUGCAUCAAUGAGUCUACUGUUUUGUUCCGGAACAGCCUUCAAGAGCGGUCCAUGUUUCCGACUGCCUAUACAUUUGACAGAGUAUUUAGUGGUGACUGCUCGACUAGGCAGGUUUACGAUGAAGGAGCAAAGGAAAUUGCUCUUUCAGUGGUCAGUGGUAUUAAUUCAAGUGUUUUUGCAUAUGGGCAAACAAGCAGCGGAAAGACAUACACAAUGAUUGGCAUAACAGAGUACACAGUAGCGGACAUUUAUGACUAUAUACAUAAGCAUGAAGAAAGAGCAUUUGUUUUGAAGUUUUCUGCAAUGGAGAUUUACAAUGAAGCUGUAAGAGACCUUCUUAGCACAGAUACUACCCCACUCAGGCUCCUAGAUGAUCCAGAGAAAGGGACUAUUGUGGAGAAACUCACAGAGGAAACUCUGAGGGAUUGGAGUCAUCUCAAGGAACUUUUGUCGAUUUGUGAAGCUCAAAGGAAGAUAGGGGAGACUUCCUUGAAUGAGACGAGCUCUAGAUCUCAUCAAAUUCUUAAACUGACAAUUGAAAGCUCUGCUCGUGAAUUUUUAGGCAAGGACAAGUCAACAAAACUCGCAGCUAGUGUGAAUUUUGUUGAUCUGGCAGGAAGCGAGCGUGCAUCUCAGGCAUUAUCGGUUGGGGCAAGACUGAAAGAAGGCUGCCACAUCAACCGUAGUUUACUCACUCUGGGAACUGUUAUUCGCAAGCUAAGCAAGGGAAGACAAGGACAUGUCAAUUACAGAGAUUCUAAGCUAACGCGCAUACUGCAACCCAGCUUGGGAGGCAAUGCUAGAACCGGCAUCAUUUGUACUUUGAGUCCUGCACGAAGUCAUGUUGAGCAAUCCAGAAAUACUCUCUUGUUUGCUAGUUGUGCAAAAGAGGUGUCUACGAAUGCAAAGGUUAAUGUUGUCAUGUCUGAUAAGGCCUUGGUGAAGCAUUUGCAACAAGAGUUGGCUCGAUUGGAGAGUGAAUUAAGAACUCCUGCCCCUUCUUCCACUUGUGAUUAUUCGGCAUUGCUGAGAAAGAAAGAUCUUCAGAUUGAAAAGUUAGAGAAAGAGGUGAGAGAGCUAACUAAGCAACGGGAUCUUGCUGAAUCUCGGGUUGAGGAUUUGUUGCGCACGGUCGGAAAUGAUCAAGUUUCAAGGCAAUGGGACGGGAUCAAUAAUCAUCCUAAAUGGCAAGAAGGGGACAAGUGGGAAGAUGAAUGUUCAGUGUCAUCAGCGAUGGCUGAUACACAUCGUCUGGAUAUCGGAGGCAGAAAAAUCGACAAUACUGAAUAUUCUAACGGAGACUACAGCAGUAAUACUGAAGAGCAUUAUUCCCCACAGCUUCCAGGGAAUGAUGAAGACCAUUAUCUGUCUGAUGGUACUUCUUCACCGCUGUCAGUUAGAGGUAAGUUCGUAAGAUCUGAAGAUCCAGAUGACAUCUGCAAGGAAGUUCGAUGCAUUGAAAUGGAUGACUCCAGCAAGGACAAGAUCUCUGAAUCCUGCGCCUUAUCAACUGGUGAGAAUGAAGGAAUGUUGGCAUCGAGGAUUUCCAGAUAUGGCAACAAUGUAGCAGAACGGGGAAUGGAAACCCCACCAAGGGAAGUAGGUGGCAUCCAAAAUAAUUCGACUUAUGGGGGGGCAUCAGAGCGGAAAAUCUGGGAUGUAGGUGAGUCCAUUGAUUCUCUUGUCAGCCCUUACCCUGAUGGCAUGUCAAGUUUCAGAAGUCAGAAGUUGACAAGGAGCUGGAGUUGUAGGGCUAAUCUCAUGGUUGGCUCGUCUUCACCAAACUUUGAGAACACACCUCCUAAUGGUUUUGAGAAAAGCUUUACUGGAAGACCAGAAGGCUUCCAAAGGAUGGUUCCUCAAUUAAAUUACGGUCCCAACAUUGUGUUCUCCAGAAAUGCUUCUCAGUCUUCUGUUGGGAGUGCUUUUAUAGAUGAACUUAAAUCUCAGAACGGCAAGGCUUCUGCAGAUGAGGAUAUUCCUAGCAUUGAUACUUUUGUUGCAGGACUGAAAGAAAUGGCCAAGCUCGAGUAUGAAAAGCAACUUGCAGAUUCUCAGGCUCAGGAGACAGAACUAAAGGCUGAAAAGUCUGGAAAGAAUGUCAAAGAUGUUGGAUUAGAUCCGAUGCAGGACACGUUGGAAACACCUACAAAUUGGCCUCUUGUGUUUGAGAAGCAUCAGAAAGCAAUACUUGAACUUUGGCAAACUUGCAAUAUUUCGUUGGUCCACCGAACAUACUUCUUCCUGCUCUUUAAAGGUGACCCAACAGAUUCUAUAUACUUGGAGGUGGAGCUCAGGAGACUUUCCUUCCUCAAGGAAGCGUUUUCUCGGGGUAAUCAUGCUAUGGAAGAUGGUCGGACUCUCACAGUAGCAUCAAGCUUGAAGGCCCUUUGCCGGGAGAGAGAGAUGUUAAGCAGGCUGAUGCAGAAGAGGUUCUCGGAAAUGGAGAGAAAUAGACUCUACCAGAAGUGGGGUAUCAAUUUGCAGUCAAAACGAAGGAGGCUGCAACUGGCCAACCGGUUGUGGAGUGACAAAAAUGAUACGAACCAUAUUGUGGAGAGCGCUGCGAUUGUUGGAAAGCUGAUCAGAUUCUCCGAGCAGGGAGGGGCAAUCAAGGAGAUGUUUGGCCUUAGCUUCACACCUCAACGUCCACACAAAAGCCGAAGAGCCUUAGGUUGGACACGCAGCAUGGUUUCCCUUUUGUAAGCUUUGUUUUUUAUGACCAGUUUUACAAAUAAGUUUAGAAGUGGUUUGUUGAUUUUUAUCAACCACAUGAUAUUCGUUUGUGAUUGAAAUAGAAAAAAGAUUGUCCAUGAUUGUGAAAGAUUUCUAAACAUUUUGCUAAUCUACACAGGUUAGAAAUGAGCCUGUUCUCUGUAAAUUUGUUCUUUUUAUCGUUUCCAUGUAUCUUCAAUCAUAUACUGAGAAGGAUGGACUUGCUAUAGACCUUCAUACGUUUGCGUGGUUGCAACAACUAAUUGAAGCACAUCAAUAGGCUCUGCAA